AUGAGUUUUUCAUCGAUCAAGUAUGAAUCUAAAAUAUUGGAGAGUUUAGCUAGUAUGCUAAAUCUCAAUGAAAAGACAGAUAAUGAAAUAUUAGAUGAAAUAAAAGAUGAAAAUACUAUCAUAUCAUUUGAAAUUGAUGAUGAUAUAAAAAAUUUGAUUGAUAUAAAUAAGAUUAAUUGCACCUGUGAUGAAUCUAAAAAAAAAAUAGAUGAAUAUAAAGGCAAAAAAUUUGAAUAUUUUUAUAAUAUUGAAACAUAUGGAGUCGAUUUUUUUCUAGAUAUUUGUAAUGCCUUAUGCAGAUCAAAUUAUAAACCUUUUUUAACAGAAGAAGGGAAAAAUGAAGUUAUCAAGGGGUUAAAAAUUCGAAGAAAUUCUAACUUAUAUAAAUAUGUUUCAUUUUUUUUAAGUAAGGAAAGAUUAAAUAAAGAACGAUUAAGUGAUAAAAAAUGUCCUGAACACAUUUAUCAUUGUUUUAGGUGUUUAAAAAGUGUAUUGCAUAUAUAUAAUGAUGACCAAAAUAAUGAUAUAAAAAAUAUGUACUUGAAUAAAAAUAAAUAUAUAACUGAAGAAAUUGAAGAAAAAAUCGAAAACGAUAUAUUAAAUUCAAAUGAUACUUUUAAAUCACAACAAAAUCACCAAGAUGGAAUAAUAUCAGUAUAUAAAUAUAAAUCAGAAUUAAGUUCGAUAACCAGAAAAUCUAAUCAAAAAAUCGUACAAACAAUUUUUGAACAUACUAAAGAUUUUAAUACAAAAGAAAAUAAAUUACCAUUUAUAAAAGACACCAAACUAAAAGGAUCAAAUAUGUAUAAUACUGUUAAUACUGAUAGUACUACUAAUAGUAUUCCUAGUAAUGACUUUUAUCUUAAUAAUAGCAUUAUGAGUAAUAGCAAUUUUAAUAAUAGUAUUAUGAGUAACAGCAAUUUUAAUAAUAGUAUUAUUAGUAAUAGUAAUUUUAAUAAUAGUAUUAUUAGUAAUAGUAAUUUUAAUAAUAGUAUUAUGAGUAAUAGCAAUUUUAAUAAUACUGUUAUGAGUAAUAGUAAUUGUGAUAAUACUGCUAUGAGUAAUAGUAAUUUUACUAAUGUUUAUAGUAUGGAAAAUAAUAAUCCUGAAAAUAGUAUUCAAGAAGAUAAUGAGAAAUAUAUUCCAAAUACUAAUGAACCUAAAACUAAAAGAUUUAGCCUUCGUUCUAGACAAUUUUCAGGAAAGAAGGAAUGCUCAAAUAAAUAUAAAAACUUAAAUAAAAAAGUAAAAUUUAAUUCUCAGAAUAAAUCUUUAACCCGAAAUUCUCAUAGAAAUGAUUGCAACUCAAUUACAAAUUAUUGUAAUAACAGAAAAAUUCGAAAAAGACGUACUUUUUCAAAUAAUAGAAAAAUUCGGAAUAGUACUAACUCAUUUAUGCCUGAUUAUUUAUAUUUAGAAAAUACACGAGAACAAAUUGAUUCAAUAUAUUUUUCUAAUUCCAUUUUUAAAAGUAUUGAUAAAUCUAUUGAAAAAUUUGAUAUGAUUGCGAAUGAAAAUAAAUUUUUUGAUAAUGACGAUGAAGAUAGUCCAUCUAAAUUUAAAGAAUUCCAAACAAAGGAGACUGAAAUAGAAGAAAAUAUCGAAAAUGAAAAUUACAAGGAAAAAAGUGAAAAAAAUGAACCCGAGGAUUAUAAUCCAUAUUUAGAAAUAGAAAAUGGUAAUGCUUUAGGUGACAUAAAUAAUGAAAAAAAAAUUUUAGAUAAUUUAUCUUCCAUAAUAAUAAAUCAAAACGAAUUGAAUAAUCUUUCAAAUGAUGAAAAAUGUAUUGAUAUUAUAAACGAAAAUGAAGGUGCAAACAAAUUAAUUGAUACAAAAAUCAAAUCUUUACACGAACAAACUAAUGAAAAGGAUUUAGAAGAACAGUUGAAUAAGCAAAAUAUAAUAUUAGAAGAAUCUAAAGAAAAAAAUGUAAGUGAAUAUGGAAUAUAUGAGAAGCAUACAUUAUCAAAAAACUUUUGUAACGAUGAAGAAUAUGAAGGUAAUCAAAGUGAUGAUACAUCUUAUUCUAAUAAUGGGUCAAAUUAUUCAAAAUAUUUAAAAAGAAAAAAAAAAUUAGAAGAACAAGGCAAAAUAGUUAUAGAUUUAAACUUGCUUCAUAGGAAUACAAUAAAACCAAAUAUGAAGCAAUGCAGAGCUGAAAAAAUGGCAGAAAGAUUAAGAAUUGAAAAGUUAAAAAAAAUAUUAGAAGAAAAAAAAAUGCUAUUAUGUAGAGUAGAAGAUAUUGCAAAAAAAAGAAAAAGAAUACAUGUAAAAACUCAAAUAUUAUCUGAAGAUUCUAAAAUAAAAAGAAUAUAUUUUAGUCAUAAAAUGAAAAAAGUAUAUAAUUAUAAAUUUGGGUAUUUUGGAUGUGGGUGGUCUAAUAAUAAAACAGAAUGGACCCCAUUUAUACAUGCACCAUUUUUUGAUAAUCAGCAUAAUACUAUAUAUAAAAGUAGAAAUAAAAAAUUAUAUGAAGAAAUAUAUGAUACAAUAUUACAUGGUAGGAUACAUCCACAUAUUAAAGUUGUGGAACUAAAAGAUCAAAUGCAUCCAAUACGAUUAUGCACACCAAGCAAUGAAGAUUGCUACUCAGUUAUUUAUACAGGAGAAAAAAUAAAUGCAACUGAUGAAAGAGUUAUAUUCGGUGAAUAUACUGGUUUUGUAGCAAAUAAUAAAGAUCUUCCCCAGGAAAAACACCAAUAUAUAUUUGCCCUUACAUUCAAUAAAAAAGUUUUUAAUUAUAGGAAAAAUGUUGUCUUUAUUAAUGAGAUUGAUUCAUAUGAAAGUGAAAAUAGUGCUGAGGAGAACAAUUCUGAUAUGAAAUAUACUAAUAUGAAAAAUGGGAAUGAUUAUAAAGGCAAUAAAUUUAAUUUGGAUGAAGAUAAGCACAAUGAAGAAAUAAAUAAAGAGAAAGAAAAAGUGAAUGACGUAGGAAAAGGAAAAAAAAAUAAAUCAUUGGGAAAUAAUAAUAGAAAAAAAGAAAAGAAAAAUUUUAAUAUUAAUGAUAAAUCAAAAGAAUUAAACAAUUUAAUUAUACUUCCAGACAAUUAUACAUAUGCGGUUGAUUCUUCUCAUAUGUUUAAUGAAAUGUCAUUGGUAAAUCAUUAUAAAACCUGCUCAAUAUUUAAUAAUUAUGAUUUUAGAAUAAAUGCUGAAUGGCAAAUCGUUUAUUUAGAUGGUUGGCCACAUAUAAUAUUAACAUCUAUUCCAGGUGUGGAAAUAGAAACAGGAGAAGAAAUUUUUGCAGAUUUUGGAUUUGAAUGGUUUGAUAGAGUUAAUGAUAUAUGCUUAAACGAUUUUAUUAAAAAUAAUUAUGAACACAGAUUAAAUGAAAUAGGAAUCAAAAGUAUAAAAGAAAAAAACUUUAAUGGUCUCGAUGAUAUUGUAGAUAAAUAUAAUUUAUUAAAGAAUUAUACAACAUGUAAUAUAUGUAUGCAUAGUGUUAAUACCGAUUGCACCAAUUAUAUUUUAUGUUCAGGUUGUAAUCAUGUUUAUCAUUUAAAGUGUGUAAAUCGAUUAAAUUUUCAAAUUAAUGAAAACUAUGAUUGGUUUUGUUCUAGUUGUAUUCAAUUUUCUAUGAAUAUAAUUAGCCAAAAGGAAUUUUUAGAAUAUAUAAAAAAAGAAAAUAAUAAAAGACUUAUUAAUUAUUUUAUUGAGCAUAAUAAAAAUAUAAAUCAAGGAAAAACGAAAAGUUCAGAAAAAAUAUUAAUGCUAGAAAAUAAUAAUGAGAACAAUUUAAAUUCAUAUAAUUGUGAAAAAAAUAAUGAAACACAAUUGGAUGAUGAUAAUUAUAUUAAUAAUUUUGAAAAUAUAAAAAAGCUAUUACAAUGCAAAGAGAAUAUUGAUGAUCUAUUAAAUAAUCAGCAAAUUAUAAAUGCAUUUUUAGAAAAUGUUGAUAACAAUAUCAAUAUAUUACAAGGUGAAGAAGGGCAAGAUGAUAAUAUAAUUUUAAAAAACCCAGAGUUGAAAAACUUAAUAGAAAAUAGUUAUGAGCUGCAUCUAUUAAUUGAAUAUAAAAACAAAAUUGAUGAUUUAUUAUUAUGUAGAGAAAAUAUUGAUUUCCUUCUAAAUAAUGACCAAGCAAAACAAACAUUUCAAAUGAGAAUAAAAACGAUAAACUAUUUAAUGCAAAAUAAAAAAUGUAUUGAAAAUCUUGUAGAAAGCAUAGAAAAAAAAAACCAAGACGAACUUACAAAAAAUAAUAACACAACUUUUAAGAAAAGCGAUGAUACACUACAACUAUUGAUGAAUGAUGAUGCCCAAAAUGGAAAUACAGACAAUGCUUCAAGUUUAGAUUUGCUUAAAUGUGAAAAUGGGGAAAAAAAUUGUGUUGCACUUUGUGAAGAAAAUGACAAUACACAAUCUAUGAUAAUUCCAGUACAUGGCAAAUAUCCUUAUUCCAAGGAUGGCUGUUAUUUUACAAGUUCAUAUGAAAAUAUGUUAUACAAAAAAACAAAUAAUAUAAUUAAAAGUUUAAAAUGUUUUAAAAAUAAAAAUCGAAAAUCAAGAUUCAAAAAUAAUAGCAUAAAAAAUGAAAUGAAUGAUGAAAAUAAUAACGGAACGGACGAAGCAGGUCUUAGUGCAUAUUACAAUUAUAUGAUGAAGUUAAGUAAAAAAAUAUUAGGUUUACCAUUAAUUAGAGAAUUUGAAAAAGGAAUAAAUACUCAUCAACCUUCACUACCUUUAAAUGCUAAUUUAAAAAAAUUAGAAGUUUGUUCAAAUUGCUAUAAAAAACAUGGUAAUUUAGCAAAGGCUGUUAUUUGCAGGGUAACUAAAUUGCAUUUCGAAACUAAUUAUAAUGAUGGAUUAGGCGAAGAAGAAUUACAUAAAAUGUCUAGUGAAUGUAUACAAUCUGUUAUAAAAGAACUCGCAAGUACAAUAAAAGAAUAUAGAAAACAAGAAUUAAAUAGUUCCUUUAUUCAAUAUACAAAAAAAAAAAAACAAACAGGAUUAGUAAAUAACAAAGAAAAUGACAUAAAGGCAGGGACUCGUUUAAAUGAUAUUAUUACUUCUACUGAUAUAAUAAAUAGUACUUUUAAUAAAACUGAUAUUGAAAAUAAAGAUUUUUAUCAUAGUUUAAGUAUAUCAUUAUAUAAAGAUGCAUACAAAACGGAUGAUAAUAUUCCUAUGCAACAUUCAGAUAUAUCAUAUACUGAUAAAAAUAAAUAUGUGAAUAAUUCUUUCGAAAGUCACCAAGACGGAAACAGUACUUUACAAACAAACACAUAUACAACUCUUGAAAAAAAAUAUGAAAAUAUUGACGAUGGUAAUGGAAAGAACUAUCACCAAGCCAAUCUUUCCAGCGAUACGAUUGAUGAAAAAAAUGUUCCUGAUCAGGAAAAUUGCAAAAACGAUAAAGAUGCUUCAUAUAAAAAUGGAAAUAUUUCUGCGCAUAAUAACGAUAUUAACAAUGUAUGUUUUCAAUCAGAAAAUGGAGAUUCUAAUAAUAAUGAUUAUAAAAAUAAAAAAAAAAAAAAGUUCAAAAACGAUGAUGAAUUAUUAACUACAAAUGAAAUAUUAUUGGAUGACAAAAAAAAAGAAGAUAAACCCAUUUCUAAUAAUAAUAAUAAUUUAAAUAUUAACUUUAUUCCACUUUUUGGUAUUGAAUUAGGCAAAACAAAAUUCCAAAGAGAAUUUACUAAUGGAACAUAUGUAGGUACAGUGACUAAACAGAUUAAAGAUGAUAACGAUAAUAAUUUUUUUGUUGUUACUUAUGAAGAUGGUGAUAUUGAAUGGAUUACCCCAUUCUUUUUAUUUCAAGAACUUUUGAAGCAAGGAACUAAUAACAUCGAAUACCCUUUAGCUACUCCUUUCAAAGAUCUAAUGAAUCCUAAUUUUAAAAAGGAUAUAAAAUUAAAUAAUUAUUCCUUAGAACUUAAAGUUGAAAAAAAAAAAAAAAAAGGUGCCGGAGAAUAUAAUAAUAACAAUAAUAGUUCUACUAAAAGACAAAGAUAUAAUCAAGAGGAUACUUCUUCGAAAACAAAAAAAAGAUAUAGCGCAAAACAAUAA